AAUACUAUUGUGUCAGCCACACAGAUGAGUAUCAUCCACAACUCCAACAACCAUUUUUUCCUCUCAUUCUUGGCCGACAAUCGGAGGCAUAAAUUUUAGAAUCAUGGGCGAUGAUCACCAAACAAACGUUCCUUUACUGGAAGAUUCAACUGAAAUAUUACAUCCUGGAGACCCAGAUAAGGAUCAAAAUUCUGAAGAUAUUGUAACACGGGUGUGGGUUGAAUCCAAGAAGCUAUGGCAGAUCGUCGGCCCUGCAGUCUUGAGCAGGAUAAGUACCUACUCCGUCAUGGUAAUCUCCCAAGUCUUCGCCGGUCACUUGGGUGACCUUGACCUUGCCGCCAUUUCCAUCGCCCUUAACGUCAUCAUCGGCUUUGACUUGGGACUUAUGAUGGGGAUGGCAAGCGCAUUGGAGACGCUGUGCGGGCAGGCUUACGGGGCGAAGAAGCACUACAUGCUGGGAGUGUAUUUGCAGCGCUCAUGGAUGGUUCUGUUCAUUUGCUGCGUUUUGUUGUUGCCUGCUCUGGUGUUCGCAUCCUCGAUUCUUAAGGUGAUAGGGGAGCCUGAUGACUUGGCUGAUCUAGCGGGGGUCUUGGCCAGAUGGUUGAUUCCGCUGCACUUCAGCCUUGCGUUUUACUUCCCUUUGCAGAGGUUCUUACAGAGCCAAGUGAAGGCCAGGGCGAUUAUGUGGGUUGCGAUGGUGGGACUUGCAGUGCACGUGGCCGCCAGCUGGGUAUUUGUGGGCUUGUUGAAGAUGGGAGUGGUGGGUAUUGCGGUGGCAUGCAAUAUUUCUUGGUGGGUUCUGCCGAUUGGACUCAUGGCUUACACCACCUGUGGUGGCUGCCCCAACACGUGGACUGGGUUCUCCGUCGAAGCCCUCACCGGUCUUUGGGACUUUCUCAAGCUCUCUGCUGCUUCCGGUGUCAUGCUAUGUCUGGAGAAUUGGUACUACAAAAUAUUGAUAGUGAUGACCGGAAACAUGAAGAACGCCAAGAUUGAAGUGGAUGCUUUAUCCAUCUGCAUGAGUAUCAACGGACUAGAAAUUAUGAUUCCUCUGGCGUUCUUUGCGGGUACAGGAGUGAGAGUGGCAAAUGAGCUCGGGGCAGGCAAUGGAAAAGGAGCCAAGUUUGCAGCCAUCGUCUCAUCGGCGACAUCAUUGAUAAUCGGCCUUGUAUUUUGUUGCUUGAUUGUGUUACUUCGCGACAAAUUUGGUCUUCUUUUCUCGUCCAGCGCCAUCGUGCUUCAGGAAGUCAACAAGCUCAGCAUCCUGUUGGCCUUCACCAUCCUCUUCAACAGUGUCCAGCCAGUCCUCUCUGGAGUGGCGGUUGGAUCGGGUUGGCAAUCGUACGUAGCUUAUAUAAACUUGGGUUGCUAUUAUUUCAUUGGUUUGCCUGUUGGGAUGUCCGCACUUAAGUUCUCCCACCUUGGUGUGAAGGGAAUUUGGAUGGGGAUGAUAUUUGGAGGAACAGGAAUUCAGACACUCAUCUUGCUCAUCAUUACUAUUCGAUGUGAUUGGGAAGGAGAGGCUAAGAAAGCAAGUUUUCGGAUGCAGAAAUGGUCAGAUCAACGGUUUGAGCGAAAGGGAUGAAAAUCUUAUCUUGGUUUCAUUAUCCAAUCUGUGAUGCACACUGUUUCAUAUAUCGGAAUUGUUGAUA